AUUUAGAGAGGAAUAAGUUCUACUUCCUGUUUAACUUGGUGAUAAGAUUUGGCAAUGUCAACAAGACCAUCACACGAUAAUGUCAUCAAUACACUUGGUGUCAAUAUGGCCUCAGCCUUGGAUCAGAUAAUGACUGUCCAAGAAGAAUCAUACGAUGACUUUCUUGAAGGGUUCACUUACCUAAAUAAAGAUGAACUGAGAAGAGAGAUGAUCAUUCCAACAAAAAAGAAAACAGAAAAACCACAGACAGACAAAUCCAACGGAACAGAAGACAAAGGUCCAUGUUUGGAAAAAACUCAGAUUGAAAAAGUGGAUAAGAUCGAAAUAUCACAAGAGAAUGAACUAGAAGAGGAGACACUUGAAGAGGGAGAAAAGACAAGCAUUAUGUCACAGAAAACACAGACUGGGUCUGAUGUUACAAGCCGGCUUAAGUUUGACAAUUUUGUAAUGACUGAAGAAGCUGAUGAUGAUGAGUCUAAUGAAAUUUGUGAUGAUUUCAUGUUGGAUGGAUAUGAAGCCAGUUUCUCUUUGAUUUCAAAGAAAGAAUUAUUGUCCAAAGAAGGUGAUUGUAACAAUAAAAGAACACCGGAUCAAGAUGAAGCAGACAUAGACAGCCUUCUUCAAGACAACAGUGGUGAAUCAAAAGUCCUUGACAUUCCUGUCCACUUUGAAAAUAGAGACCUCCACAUAAAAAAUGUUGAACUAGACCAAAUUCCGUCCAAUCAGGCUCCUUCUCUAAUUGACUCUGAUCACUCUCAAUGUGACAUUGUUCUACAGAGGGAGUGUGCACCUUGUUCAGAACAGCUAAGCUGUUCUGACAGGUUUGGAGCACCUCCUCUAGAUACAGUACUAAAUCCUGGAGAAGUGGAGGAUCUAGGAUCUCCAAGGAGAAUCAUGAACAAAGACCAGGAGCGGAUUCUAGAUUUCUCUGCAACCUACAGAACAGAAGUGGUUUUAACUUCAGAGUCAACAGAGGAGUGUUCAAAUGAAGUGACAGCAUUCUGUCUGGAUGAGGACUUUGACUAUGACAAUGUUGUGCUGACUCCUAAAUUCACUGUGGAGGAGGUGGCUUUCCUGAAGAGUUGUAAAACAUGAUGUACAAAAUUUCCAAGAAUAAUUCAGGACAAUCCUGUUUAAAAACUAUAUUUAUGUUAAUAUUAAUAGUGCCAUUUUCAAUGACAAUCAUUGUAAAGGUGAGAUUAUAUAUAUACGACACAACUCUUUUAUUGGUUCAUGUGUACAUUGAUCACGUAUGUGAUAUUUUUUAUUUCUAUUGUGAUUUAUGACCCUUCCGUGUAAGAAUAAAAAAAAAUAAAAGAUUGAAGGUA